AUGCCUCCCAAGAAGCAGGUCGUGGAAGAGAAGAUUCUCCUGGGCAGGCCCGGUAACAACCUGAAGAGUGGAAUUGUUGGCCUUGCAAACGUCGGAAAGUCCACCCUCUUCCAGGCCAUUACCAAGUGCAACCUUGGCAACCCCGCCAACUUCCCCUAUGCCACCAUCGAUCCUGAGGAGGCUCGCGUCAUCGUCCCUGACGACCGCUAUGACUGGCUUUGCGAAAAGUACAACCCCAAGUCUCGCGUCCCCGCCAACUUGACCGUCUACGAUAUUGCCGGUCUGACCCGCGGUGCCUCCACCGGUGCUGGUCUGGGUAACUCCUUCUUGUCCCACAUCCGCGCCGUCGACGCCAUCUUCCAGGUCGUUCGUUGCUUCGACGAUGCCGAGAUUAUCCACGUUGAGGGUGACGUCAACCCCACCCGUGACCUCGACAUCAUCAGCGAUGAGCUGCGUUUGAAGGAUAUCGAGUUCGCUGAGAAGGCUCUCGAGAACCAGAAGAAGAAGACCCGCUCUGGUGGCAAGGGCCUCGAGCACAAGAAGGCCAUGGAGGAGCAGGCCACCAUGGAGAAGAUUAUCGAGCACCUGAAGGCCGGUAACGAGGUCCGCAAGGGCACCUGGGGCCCCAAGGAGGUGGAGGUCAUCAACCCUCUGUUCCUCCUUACUGCCAAGCCGGUCGUGUACCUGGUCAACCUGUCUGAGAAGGACUUCAUUCGCAAGAAGAACAAGCACCUUCCCAAGAUUGUUGAGUGGGUCAAGGAGCACGCCAACGGCGACCCCAUCAUCCCCAUCUCCGUCUCUUUCGAGGAGCGCUUGACCCGCUACGAGACCGAGGCUGAGUCUCUCGCGGAGCAGAAGGCUGUCGGUGCCGAGUCUUCUCUGCCCAAGAUCAUUCUGCAGAUGCGCAAGGCCCUGAACCUUGGCAGCUUCUUCACCACUGGUACCGAUGAGGUUCGCCAGUGGACCAUCCGUAACGGCACCAAGGCGCCGCAAGCCGCCGGUGUCAUCCACACGGAUUUCGAGAAGACGUUCAUCCAGGCCCUCGUCUACAACUUCAGCACCCUUAAGGAGCUCGGCAGUGAAGCCGAGGUCAAGGCCAAGGGCAAGGUUAUGACGAAGGGCAAGGACUAUGUUGUGGAGGACGGUGAUAUUCUGCUUAUCAAGGCUGGUGCUGCCAAGGCGGUUCGCCCAAGAUCCUCGACUAAGGGUCCCCUAGAUCUGGACGAUACCCCUCUCAACGAUCCCUUGUCGCCAAAGGCUGGCGCAUCAGAAGAACCGACUCAACGCCCAGUAUCAGGCGUCAAAUCCCCAGCACCUAUUCAUUCUCCCGUACCUCCCGUCAAGACCACCGUCACCAAGGACUUCGGCUUCCUCCUCCGCCCCGAGAUCUACCACAGCAUCAACCCCAUCAACAUCCCCGUUGCCUUCAAGACCUCCCCAAAGCAGCCCACCCCCGAUGCCUCGCUCGACGACCUCCUGGCCAUGGGCCACUUCCGCGCCGCCGCCAUCGCCGCCGUCCAGGAACUCACCGGAACCGGCGGCCCGGCGCGCCCCCGCGUCGACCCCUCAGACCACCAGCGCAUCUUCACCCUGCUCUACACCCGCCUCGCCUGCCUGACGCUCAUCGACGCCACCUCCGUCGCGGCGCAGGAGGUCCGCGCCCUCGAGGACCUCAACGCCGGCGUCUACAUCGACGAGACCACCGGCGAGCACCUCGUGCCGUGGGAGCUGCGCGUGCUCAACAUCCGCCUGCAGGCCCUCGGGUUCGGCGACCCCCGGCGCUCCGUCAUGGCCUACCACGACCUCGCGCGCGAGGCCCGCGAGCAGAUCUCCAAGGCGGCCGCGCGGCACGACAACUCGGCCCGCGAGCUCUGGAAGGCCCGCCUCCACGAUCUUGGGAUCAGCGUCGCCGGCGCGCUCAUCGAGAUGGACGACCUCGCCGGGGCGGCGCACCACCUCGCCGCGCUGAGGGACCGCGGCGACGGCAAGAUGGCGCUCUCGCGCGCGCUCAUGUGGCUGCACCUCGGCGACGUGGACGCGGCGCGCCGGAGCGUGCAGGACGCGGGCGGCGGCGACGACGACGGCAGGCACGCGGAGCAGGUCGUCGCGGCGCUGUGCCAGAUGGCCGACGGCGAGUACGAGGCGGCGCUGCAGUCGUGGCGGGGGUUGAAGGAGCAAGUCAUGGACGAGAUGAUUGGCGUCAACAUGGCGGUGUGCCUGCUCUACACGGGCAAACUGACAGAGGCUCGCGCAUCCCUCGAAGACAUGGUCGGAGACGGCUACUCGUCGCACACCCUCCUCUUCAACCUGAGCACGACAUACGAGCUCUGCACGGAGCGGAACCGGAACCUCAAGCUGAGACUCGUGGAAAAGGUCGCCGAUCAGGACGAGACGGUCAAGGGCUGGGAGAAAAGCAACGCCGACUUCAAGCUGUAG